AAAAAUGAAAGAACAAUCAACUCUUUUAUCUUCUCGAUCCGACUUCCAACGUCUAUAAACCAAGGACAAUGAACUCUUAUCUUCUCUAACUACAUCGUCUCUUUCCGUCGUUCCAACGCCUACAAAUCUAGAGAUCACGAUUCUGCAAUAUAAUAGUAUUAAGCCCGGCCGGCUGCUCAUGUUUUUUUAUCUUUUUCGUCGUCCGGCUGCUUAUUGUUGACCCUUACCAAGAAGAUACUGCAAUAUAAUAAUUUUAAACCCGGCUGCUAAUUCUGACCAAGAAAGGCAGUAUAUCAAUACAUAACAUGUAUUGAAGAUAGAGAAAUCGAACUCCCUUCCCUGCCGCCGCUAAAUCAAUUUCCAUGGAAAACGGUAAGGUUUUGCAUGUGGCAGUUUUCCCAUGGCUAGCCGUUGGCCACCUCGUACCCUUCAUGCGCCUAUCCAAGUACUUAGCCCAAAAGGGUCACAGAGUUUCCUUCAUUUCCACCUGUCGGAACAUUAGCAGGCUUCCCAAAAUACCUCCGAAUCUCUCCUCUCUAAUAAACCUCGUCAGCCUGCCUUUGCCCAAAGUCGAUGGUUUACCCGACCGGGCCGAGUCCUCAGCGGACGUACCCCACAACAAGCAACAGUUGCUGAAAAGGGCUUUCGAUUUACUGGAUUCUCCAUUGGCUAACUUCCUUGAAGCCUCGAGGCCCGAUUGGAUUAUCUACGACUAUCCCUCUCACUGGCUUCCCCGACUUGCCGCUCAGUUCGGUGUCUCACGCGCCUACUUCAGCCUCUUCACCGCUGCGUGUCUAUCUUUUAUAGGCCCAUCCGAGGUGCUUAUCGACACCGAUCCUAGAUCGACUGCCGAGGAUUUCUCGGUAGUCCCGAAAUGGAUCCCGUUUCCCUCCAACGUGGUGUAUCGGGUUCACGAGAUAUCAAAGAACGUGGAUGGCUCGAGCGGAAACGAGUCCGGCACAUCAGAUGUCAUCCGCUUUGGUAUUGCCGCUGCGGAGAGUGAUGUCGUGGCUAUUAGGACUAGUGCCGAACUUGAACCGGAAUGGUUGAAUUUGCUAGCUGAGCUUUACCGGAAACCUCUGCUUCCGAUUGGGUUUUUGCCUCCGGUUAUGGAGGAUGAAGAGGAGGAGGAGAACGAUGCGAGAUGGGUUUAUAUCGAAGAGUGGUUGGACAAACAGAGAGUUAACUCAGUCGUUUACGUUGCACUGGGGACUGAGGCAACUCUGAGUCCGCAAGAACUGAACGAGUUGGGUCUUGGGUUGGAGGAGUCUGGUUUACCGUUCUUUUGGGUGCUGAGGAACGCGUUGGCUCAGAACGAGUUACCAGCUGGGUUCGAGGAGCGAGUUAGGGACCGCGGAAUUGUUCAUGUUGGGUGGGUCCCGCAGGUGAAGAUAUUGAGCCACGAGUCGGUCGGGGGCUUCUUGACUCACUGUGGUUGGAACUCGGUCGUAGAGGGGCUUGGGUUUGGCCGAGUUCUGGUUCUAUUACCUGUGUUAAAUGACCAAGGGCUCAAUGCUAGGUUGUUGCAGGGGAAGAAACUUGGGGUGGAGAUUAACAGAGAUGAGCGAGACGGAUCAUUUACUCGUGAGUCAGUAGCGGAGUCAGUGAGGUUGGCAAUGGUGUACGAAGCCGGCGAGUACUUGAGGGACAGGGCAAAGGAAGUGAAGGGUUUGUUUGGGGAUAAGGAUAAGAAUGAUCAUCUUGUGGCCGGCUUUAUUCGUUUCCUUGAAGAGAAUAGGUUGUGAAACACAGAAAUAUCGACAAGCAGCAGGAAGACACAGGAAAGUCAAACUCGGCAUUAAAAAUUCAAUAUUUGAUUUAGGAUAUAUUAUUAUGAAGAAUAAAAGUUCUUUUAAUUUUAGUAAAUCAGUCAUGAAUAAAGUCCUUUGAAGUUGAACCAAAUCGUGUCAUAUUUUAGUUGGCAUUUAGGCAGACAUCUAUUUGGGAGCAAGACAAGAGGAGGUGGGUAUAAUAUGUUAUGUUGUUUGGCUGUGACCAUCAGGUUGGUUGUAUGUUAUUUUUGAAACUUUUUUUU